AUGCUGUUAACAUUACCAAGUAUUUUUUUAAUUUGUCUUUUGCCAUUACCAAUUUUUGGAAUAAGAAAAUAUGAUAAAUUCAAGGAAGUACAUGAAGCUAUAGAUUUUUCAUCAAUGCGUAUUAGUCCAUAUGAUCCAGCAAUAAAUGAAGUUCCAGCAGCUCCAGUAGUUCCAGGUUGUAUCAAAGAUGGAUAUAUCAAGGAUCCAUUUAAUUGUGCUAAAUUCUAUAGAUGUCAAGAAGCUAAUGCUAUACCAGUUGCAUUUUACUGUCAGCAAGAAUUAAUUUUUAACAGUGAAACAAAUAUUUGUGAAUAUCCUGCAUCACUCAAUUGUUAA